GGCGGCGGAGCCCGAGCGGCAGCGGGCGGUGUCGAGCGGGGCGAGGGGCGCGGGCUGGGGCCGGCGCCUAGCGGCCGGGGCGGCGAGAGGCGGGCUCACCCGCCGGCGAGGCGCGCGGGAAGGGGGUAGCGUGAGCUCGCCCGUGCGGGGAGCCGGUGCCGCGCCGCAGCCAUGGGGAACCGCGGGAUGGAGGACCUUAUCCCGCUGGUCAACCGGCUGCAGGACGCCUUCGCCGCCAUCGGGCAGAACGCCAACCUCGACCUGCCGCAGAUCGCCGUGGUGGGGGGACAGAGCGCCGGCAAGAGCUCCGUGCUGGAGAAUUUUGUCGGGAGGGACUUUCUGCCACGUGGAUCUGGCAUUGUAACCAGACGCCCGCUGGUCCUGCAGCUGGUAAACUCCAGCACAGAAUAUGGUGAGUUCUUACACUGCAAAGGAAAGAAAUUCACUGAUUUUGAGGAGGUCCGUUUGGAGAUCGAGGCUGAGACGGAUCGUGUUACUGGCUCCAACAAAGGGAUUUCCCCUGUGCCAAUCAAUCUUCGAGUCUACUCUCCCCAUGUCCUGAACCUGACCUUGGUGGAUCUACCGGGUAUGACAAAAGUCCCAGUGGGAGACCAGCCCCCUGACAUAGAGUUUCAGAUCAGAGAUAUGCUCAUGCAGUUUGUCACCAAAGAGAAUUGCCUCAUCCUGGCAGUAUCUCCAGCCAACUCCGAUUUGGCCAAUUCUGAUGCCCUGAAGAUUGCAAAGGAGGUGGAUCCUCAAGGGCAACGCACUAUUGGAGUCAUCACAAAGCUGGAUCUUAUGGAUGAAGGAACUGAUGCAAGAGAUGUAUUAGAAAAUAAAUUACUUCCUCUUCGUAGAGGUUACAUUGGUGUAGUCAACAGGAGUCAGAAGGACAUUGAUGGCAAGAAGGACAUUCAGGCAGCUCUGGCUGCAGAGAGAAAAUUUUUUCUUUCGCACCCAGCCUACAGACACAUGGCUGAUCGCAUGGGAACCCCCUACCUGCAGAAAGUAUUAAAUCAGCAAUUGACCAACCACAUCCGUGACACCCUGCCAGGGCUGCGGAACAAGCUCCAAAGCCAGCUUCUCUCCAUUGAGAAGGAGGUGGAGGAGUACAAGAACUUUCGCCCUGAUGACCCUGCUCGCAAGACCAAAGCUCUACUUCAGAUGGUGCAGCAGUUUGCCGUGGACUUUGAGAAACGCAUUGAAGGCUCUGGAGACCAAAUUGAUACCUAUGAGCUGUCAGGAGGAGCAAGGAUUAACCGCAUCUUCCAUGAGCGUUUCCCCUUUGAACUGGUGAAGAUGGAGUUUGAUGAGAAGGAGCUGCGACGGGAGAUUAGCUAUGCCAUCAAGAACAUCCAUGGUAUCAGAACCGGUCUCUUCACACCCGACAUGGCCUUUGAGACCAUUGUGAAAAAGCAGGUGAAGAAGAUUAAAGAACCUUGCCUGAAAUGCGUGGACAUGGUCAUUUCGGAGUUAAUCAAUACUGUUAGACAGUGCACCAAGAAGCUCAGCCAGUACCCUCAUCUGCGUGAGGAGAUGGAGAGGAUUGUUACUACUCACAUCCGUGAGAGAGAAGGCAGGACCAAAGAUCAGGUCAUGCUUCUAAUAGACAUCGAGCUGGCUUACAUGAACACAAACCAUGAGGAUUUCAUUGGCUUUGCCAAUGCUCAGCAGAGGAGCAGCCAGAUGAGCAAGAAGAAGGCAGCUGGCAACCAGGAUGAGAUCCUGGUCAUCCGAAAGGGCUGGCUCACCAUCAACAACAUUGGGAUUAUGAAGGGUGGCUCCAAGGAGUAUUGGUUUGUCCUGACAGCAGAGAACCUCUCCUGGUACAAGGAUGACGAGGAGAAGGAGAAGAAGUAUAUGUUACCAGUGGAUAACCUGAAACUGCGAGAUGUUGAGAAGGGGUUCAUGUCCAGCAAGCACAUCUUUGCUCUCUUCAACACUGAACAGAGGAAUGUCUACAAGGACUACCGGCAGCUGGAGCUGGCCUGUGAGACCCAGGAGGAGGUAGAUAGCUGGAAGGCUUCCUUCCUUCGUGCAGGAGUCUACCCAGAGCGUGUUGGGGACAAGGACAAAGCCAGUGAAGCAGAGGAGAAUGGAUCAGACAGUUUCAUGCACUCCAUGGACCCUCAGCUGGAGAGACAAGUGGAAACGAUCAGGAACCUGGUGGAUUCCUAUAUGGCAAUUGUCAACAAAACCAUCAGAGACCUCAUGCCGAAGACAAUCAUGCACCUCAUGAUAAACAAUACCAAGGACUUCAUCCAUUCGGAGUUGCUGGCAAACCUGUACUCCUGUGGUGACCAAAACACGCUGAUGGAGGAAUCAGCAGAGCAGGCUCAGCGACGCGAUGAAAUGCUGCGCAUGUACCAUGCCCUGAAGGAGGCCCUCAACAUCAUCGGGGACAUCAACACCAGCACUAUCAGCACCCCCAUGCCCCCACCGGUGGACGACUCUUGGCUGCAGGUGCAGAGCGUACCAUCUGGACGCAGGUCUCCUACGUCCAGCCCCACGCCACAGAGGAGAGCUCCAGCUGUUCCACCCGCCAGACCUGGGUCUCGAGGUCCAGCUCCUGGGCCACCUCCUGCUGGUGGGUCCACGCUGGGUGGUGCCCCCCCCGUGCCCUCCAGGCCAGGUGCCUCUCCUGAUCCCUUUGGGCCCCCGCCUCAGGUUCCUUCUCGGCCUAAUCGUGCUCCUCCUGGGGUUCCCAGCAGAAGGGGCCCCGCCUCACCUACUCGACCUACCAUAAUCCGACCGGCUGAACCGUCCCUCUUAGAUUUAUAACUCGAGGCUGUAGACAGCUGGCGACGAAUGCCGUGCUGGCGGCUUCCCCAUUGCACCCUCCCUUCCACAGCCACAGUCACUCCUCUCAUCCAUCCCACACCUCUGCCUCCCACCACCCCCUCCUGGUGUGUCGUAAAACACUAGCCUAGUGAUCGAGCUCUUCGUCUUCACUCGUGCGUCCUGUAUUGCUUUGUGAGCGUAGAGUAGCCUUCAUUCAGUGGCAUGGAUCCCUGAAGUACACAGGCUCCUUGGAGAGAUCAGCCGCAGGGACAUCCUUAAGUCCAAGCGGUGGCUGUCCGUCCAGUAAUUCCAUCCGCCUGGUCUAGCCUGGAUAAGUGUCCUGCCUGCAUCAGUUAGCUGUAGCACCUGGGACUGAUCUGUAGCUAUUUUCUUUUCUUGUAGCUAAGGCGACAAAAGUGUAACUUAGAAGAAAAAUCCCGUCAAAACAUGUGACACCGUUAGAAACAGAUUCAAUGUCCUGUGUAUUAGUUUGACUUCUAAGGUGCAAAAAUUCAUGUUGGGAGCAGUGCAAUCAACCUCUUACCGAAGUGAGGCAGGGAGAUCAAGAAAGGGGGAGAACUCAGUGGAUCGGUCUAGUCCUGCCAGAGCGAAGUCUGAGAUAGCACGCACAGCUCAGCGGGCAGGGAGCACGCGGACCUGCUCACGCUCUGCUCCUAGAAGAGCUGGGGAGAUCCUGCUGGUGACACACUGGCUCCUGCCAGCGGCUGUCUGGCAUCACCACUUUUGGCUGACUUGUCUGAACCCAGCAGGGAGAGGGGAAUAGAUGCGUGGCUCCCCCUUUGCAAAUGGACAGCCGCAUUUUUUCUGGGAGUUGGCUGGGUAAUCUUUUGAAAAUUCUGCUUUGAGUAAGCACAUCUCUCAGUGUUUUUUUGGGUACUGUGGUGACUUCUUCCGUAGCCUUUUUCUUCUUGCAUGCAUACAGUACGUGUUUGGGGAAACUUGUAACCAUUGUUGAUCACAACUCAUCUUCUGAAGGUUUGGGGUUUACUUUUCAUGCUAUAUGUAUUAAAAAAAGACUUGAGAAUUAAGAAUAUAUCAACCCCGUACAUCUCAGAUGUCAUGUCUCUACCAGAGCUAAAUGAGCCACCCGUGUUGCAGGCUUUCAGCCAGGCCUGUUUCAGGUUUAAGUUACCUUAUUUCAGUGCUUAGUGCUCUUAAUUGCUGUGGUGGAUCCUCUGUUGUUCUGAUGCCAGUUCCCUUCUGCAUUGUAACUGUUGUUUUACUACUUUUCCUCCUCUUCCUUCCCUUCCCCUGUUCCCUGUUUCUUUGUUUUCUUGUCUUUAAACUCCAGCCGGCCGGGUAAGGCCAGUCCCUCCCGCCCGGAGAGCCCCAAACCACCAUUUGACAUGUAGGCCUGCUCCCUCUGAGACUCUUUGCCUGCCUCUUAGCUGUUCUGUCCUGGAAUGGUCUGACUCGAAUCUCACAUGGCUUGUUUUGUUUGUGUUUUGUGACAUACACAUAUCAGAUGUAAUUGUAGUGAAACUGGGUUUGGUUUUGGUUUUUUUUCUUUUUCUUCCCAGAUGCUUAAAGGAGUUAAGUAUAUUGUAGUAAUGAUAAACAUAUAUUUACUGUUAUAAAUAUCUAUAAAUAUCUAUAUAUAAGAUGAAAAAUCUAUAUAUGUCCAGGUGUUUAAAGCCAUUUGUGCUUCCUUGUGGAUUUUAGGAAAUACACACACAACACAUGCAAAAAGUUAACCAAAUCCCGAUGUUGAGUUUUUGAGCUGAUUGUUAAAUUCUCUGCUGUGUGCAGUUGGGUUGUUGUAUUACCCCAGACUUGUGGGUGAACUGUCUCAGUGCUGGUAGUAGCUGUGAUGCAGUUUGUGAUCUACCUGUCACUCUUGUUUAUUGGAUGAAAUAAAUGAUCAUUUCUGUAUAACAAAGGUCUCCAUGACUAGAAUAAAACCAUCGCUCUUUCUCUU